AGCAAAUAACAGUUCUACAAUUCAGUAGCGAUCAAUUAAACAAUAGUAUUUCUCACUAUAUCCGGACAAACCAGCCUACUACUUUACCAACUACAAUCAGGAUUCACUUUUGAAUUCAUCACUCAAUUAGCAAAGCAACUAACCCCCCCUUAAAUUAUGGACUUUUGUUUCUUUCUUGUUGGAUUCAAAGAAUUCAAUAAGCCAUUACCCGAUGUGGGUAAUGUUGCGUGUUAUUGCGGUCAUUGCCAUAACCAAUCGGCUUUUCCAAUGCGAACCAUCAACUGUAUAACAUUGUUUUUCAUUCCGGUAUUACCGUUUUAUUUCCAUAAGAGAUUGAGAUGCAAUAUUUGCGGAACUACAGGUACCCUUAAUCAAGAAGCACUUGAACGGUUAAAGCAGGGCCAGCCGGUAGCUAUAGGAUGAUCUCGGAUAUAAUUUCGGGAUUGAUGGCAAGAUCGGCUUAGAUCGCGAUUGUUUUAUUGUAUAGUGAAUAAAAAAUAAGUUUUCUAU